AAUUGCCCGCCCUUAGUCAGUAACUAAACGUGCAGCAGUGCGAACGCGAGCAGCGGCAAACACAAAUAAAAUACAAAUAAUAAAUAAAUAGAAUUCCAGCGUUUUUCGGAUUUCCUUCUGCGUUUAUACUACUCUAUAUAUUCCCAAUGAAAGCCCUAAUAUUGGAUUUUAAUAUACUAUAAAAAGUGUGUGCGUGUUUUGAGUGAACAAAAAAAAAAUAAAAUAAAAAACCAAUGUGAAUUAUUAUGUGCAGGAAACUUGCCAAGAAAACAAACUAAAAAACAAACAUAAACAACUUUUAGAACUUUUGCCUUUUGCGGAUUAUCAACAAAACAAAAGAGACAACUUUCCACAGGAAGGAUACUUUUUAGAAAAACAAACACGCAGCAAAACAGACAAUCAAAAUGGUCAACAAACAGUAUACGGCCAACGAUCUGGAGGCUUUUAUGAAGAUAGCCGCCAACUGGCAGAAUUCCAAUCACAAUUUGCUGGAGGGCGUCGACUUGAAGACGGAAAUGACACAGUACAUGAACAGUCCCUCGAUGAACAUGUACAAGAAACGUGAACGCACUCAGAACUGGAAUCAUCAGGAGAAGAAAUAUCUUUUAGAUUUGUGUCGCAAGGAUAUGAGGAUUAUAGAAAACAAAAGAUUAGAUGCCGGCCUCACGGCUGUAAAGAAUAAAGCCUGGAAAAUAAUACACCAAAAGUUCUCCAAUCAAUUUGGCACAGAUCGCACCUGUAAUCGCCUCAAGGAGCAGUGGCGACGCAUGAAGGCCUGCACUCGAAAUGAGAUCUUGGACUACAACAAUCGCUUGGCUAGGUUUGGAGCCGAGGUGGCCGAUCGCAAGAAGCCUUCACCGUUUACCUUUGAGGUCUGGGAUUUCAUGCAAGAGGCCAAGAAAGCCUGCAAAUCUGAGGCUCUAGAUGGCAUUGACUACUCCAAGAUACCGCUGGCCUUGGAGGAGGGCUUUGAGUAUCGCGAGGAUUACAAAUUCAAUGCCGAUGAACAUGACAUGGAUGACAGUCGCACCCCUCCUCAAGAGCUUUGCGAUGUGGACAUCAAGGAGGAGGAGACCAAUGAGACCUUCAAUGAGACCUACAACAAUCACCAUCUCAAUCAGAGCGACAUCCAUGGCAGUGGCGAGCGUUUGAGUGUCUCGCCGAAUCACAGCAUCAGUCGCAAUGGCAUCCACGAGGCCGAGAGUCCAGCCACCAUUUCUGCAGCAGCUGCCUUGGACACCAGUGGGGCCUUUUUGCCCGGCGGUAGCGGCGACAUGUCCGGCUUCCAGGCCAAUUUCAAUAUGAACAACAUAUCCGCCACACUGGAGGCUUUGAAUGCCAUUCGAACUGGCCAGUUUCCCAGUGCAGCAGCAGCAGCAGCGGCCGCCAUACAUCACCAGCACCAGGCACAGGCUCAAGUGGCGCAGGCCCUGCAGCACCAGCACAGCAGCAGCAGCAACAACAAUAACAAUAAUAACGAGGAUGAUGAUGAUGUGAUGAAGCCACUGGCCAAAAGGCAGCGCACAAACAGUGGCAGUGUGCUGGGUAGCGAGGAUCAGGCGAUAUCAGUGCCUGCCUCGUCGGAAUGUCAGGCCCUGGAGCGUUCUGGCAGCAGCAGCAGCAAUGGAGGAGCUGCAGUCCUAGCGGGAGCAGGCACAGCCAACGGCGUGAGCAGCAACAGCAGCGACAACUUUGAACUGCGCUUGUUUAUGGAAAUGCAGAGUAAGGAGCACAUGAUGCGCAUGAAGAUACUGGAGGUGCAGUUGCAGGCGGCCAAGCACAGUCGCGACCUGGUGGAGAUCAACAAGACGCUGGCGCUGCAGAAGCUGCAGGAGCUGGCCAGCAAGCGGUUGCCCAGUUAGGAGAGACAAAGGAGGAGCAGCAGCAGCCACAGCAGCCCAUUGCCGUUUCAUGUUACAUUAGUUUAUAGGAUUUGAGAGCAGAGUUAGCCUUAGGUAUUAGAGUUAAGUUGAAAACAGGAUCCAUGGCUACACACACACAGAGACACAAGCAACAUUCCUGGCAUUGUUGAUCAGUAUUUUGAAAGCUAGAAGCGAAUCCCCCGAAACACCACAAGCACAAACAGUAAGAAGCGAGGAUCACCAGGCGCUCGGAAGUAUGCCAUAAUCUUAUGAUGAAUCGCCUACCUCACUCAGUACCCACUCAGCACACGCACACUCACACAGACACACACCCUUCUGGCCGACCCCGACACUUGACCAAGUCAAGGGUCAAGUUUAGUUAGUUUCUAGUUCUUAGUCCACACUCUCUCCAAGUUGCUCAACUACCACCAAUGUAUUGUACUUAUGUUCUUGACUUCAGUUAAUCUUCUGCUAUCCACCACUAACGAUCGAAGCAUAUUUUAAUCAUUUUUAUAGUCCUAAGAGAACAGAACUCUAUAUAUAUAUUUGAUUUUGAUUUUUAAACCUACUUGUAUUGUACUUGUAUUUAUUUUUAUCUUUGUAUAGACUCACUCUAUAUAUUAUAUAUGUUUGUUUGAAUGCCAUAUUAAAUGAAAGUUCUUUUUAAUAUCCUUUUUAUCCCAUUUGCGCUGCAAAACAAAUUGUUACCACAUAUUAUAAAUACAUAUAUGUAGGCCUCAAGAAAGCACUCAAUUUAUAGUAGAAGGCUUCCUUUGUGUAAAGCGUGUAAAUGAAAGAAACAAAUUAUUUUAAAUAAAAGAAAAACAAAAAAAAAAAA